UACUGCACCAACAGAACAACGCCUAGCUAGUUGCAAACUGAAAACCACAAUGGCAAGCGCAGCAACAUCCGUAGCUAUUGUUCUUAUUCUGAUCGCCGGCGUGUCCUCCGGCCUCCCUGCCACCUAUGCUGACACCAACGUGGCCGCCCGGAUGUGCCUGAAGACCACGAACCCCAUGUUGUGCAUGGUUGUUCUGAAGGUCAACCCAAAGAGCGCCUAUGCCUCCACGGAGCAGGACGUCGGCAGCGUCGCGCUGCAGAUCGCGAGUGACACCGCUGAGUACAACGUCGGGGUCAUCAACAACCUAAACAAGGGCAGCCUAGGCAAGCCCGAGGGAGGCGCGCUGGCGCAAUGCCUCUGGGCCUAUCAGGACGCCGACAACAACCUCAAACACAACGCCCGAACCGGUUUCGACCGUGGGGAUUAUGUUGGCGCGAUGGCUCUCGUUUCGGGCGCCCAGAUCGUUGGGGAUAUCUGCGAGAAUGCGUUCAAGAUGAUCGGCAAGAACUCCCCCGUGUCAAAGAUAGAUCACGAGAUGACUCAGCGAUGUGGCGUCGCGGCGGAACUCAUUGGCCUGCUUACCCACAAGUGAUCGAUCAUAUAUAAGUUUUGGCUCAUAUGUGUGUGCUCCCUUCAAUAAUUAAUUAGUUGUUCGUGUAGCAACAUGUUUUGUCAUUGAUGCAACUGUGAAAUAACGAGCUGAACAACACACAAAA